GGUCCCUCGUUUUUAAAACGUGCCAACACCGAUAAAUUACGAGAAGUCUUCCUUAAGUACGCCUCAUAUCAAAAGAAUGGUGAACAUUUUAUGACCAGUGAGGAUUUUGUGCGAAAAUUUUUGGGUCUAUUCACAGAUGUUGCAUUUAAUGAUGAAUCAGUGCGUUUAUUAGCUGGUAUUGCCGAUACCAGUAAAGAUGGUCUUAUAUCAUUCUCAGAAUUUCAAGCUUUCGAAGGUCUAUUGUGCACACCAGACGCUUUAUAUAAAACAGCUUUUCAAUUAUUCGAUCGCCAAGGAAAUGGAACAGUGUCUUAUGCUGAUUUUGCUGAAGUCGUACAAAAAACCGAGCUACAUUCAAAAAUACCCUUCAGUUUAGACAGUCCGUUUAUCAAAAGAUAUUUUGGUGAAAAAAAACAACGUUUAAUUAAUUACGCUGAAUUUACUCAAUUACUUCAUGAUUUCCAUGAAGAAUAUGCGAUGGAAGCAUUCCGUAGCAAAGAUCCAGCUGGUUCUGGAUAUAUUUCCCCCUUAGAUUUUCAAGAUAUUAUGGUUAAAGUGAAAAGGCAUUUACUCACAGCCGAUGUUAAAGAUAAUUUGGUAGCGGUCACCGAAGGCCAUAAGGUAAGCUUUCCAUAUUUUAUGGCUUUCACGUCGUUACUAAAUAAUAUGGAAUUGAUAAAACGCAUCUAUUUACAUGCUACACAAGGUAAUCGCACAGAGCCCGUUACCAAAGAUGAACUAUUGUUUGCCGCUCAGACAAUGAGUCAAAUAACCCCAUUGGAAAUUGAUAUAUUAUUCCAAUUGACGGGGGCAUUGCAACAGUCGGGUCGCAUAGUUUAUAGCGAUUUAAGCAUUAUCGCUCCAGAACAUUAUACAAAGCAUAUCACCACAAGAUUGGCCGAAAUUAAGGCAGUCGAAAGUCCAGCAGAUCGAUCAGCAUUUAUACAGAUUUUGGAGAGUACCUAUCGUUUUACAUUGGGUUCAUUGGCUGGUGCCGUUGGUGCCACUGUCGUCUAUCCCAUCGAUUUGGUAAAGACACGUAUGCAAAAUCAACGCACAGGCUCAUUUAUUGGUGAAGUGGCCUAUCGAAAUUCCUGGGAUUGUUUUAAAAAGGUUAUCCGUCACGAAGGUGUCUUAGGUCUAUAUCGUGGUCUAUUGCCACAAUUAAUGGGUGUAGCGCCCGAAAAAGCCAUUAAAUUGACUGUCAACGAUUUGGUGCGUGAUAAAUUUACCGAUAAACAAGGUGUCAUCCCCCGAUGGGCUGAAGUUUUGGCCGGUGCAUGUGCUGGUGGCUCACAAGUGGUAUUCACAAAUCCCUUGGAAAUUGUUAAAAUUCGUUUACAAGUUGCUGGUGAAAUUGCUGGCGGUGGUAAAGUUCGUGCCUUAUCCGUUGUCCGUGAAUUGGCCU